AUGUCUUCUGACGAACUCAAGACAAAAGCUGACGUGGAAUGCCGGCGACUGGAGGCUCAGCAUGAUGUCUGGAAGCACUCGUUCAACAAUCAGCUCGUCUUCGCACCUUUGAAGCCCGAAAACUCGAUUCGCGUCCUCGACAGCGCUGGUGCCAAUGGAUACUGGCUCCAAGAUUAUCGAAGCGCGCUGGCAGCAUCGGUCCGUGAUCAUCCGGAAAGCUUGUUCGUCUGUACAGAUAUCAACCCAUCGAUGCUCCCUGAAGAAUCCAAGCGGAAUGGAAGCAUUCAAUAUGUCGAGCACUCAUUUCUUGAUUCUUGGCCCGGACAUUUGCGAGACUCUUUCGACCUUGUCCACCAACGCUUGGCAAUAUCUGCGUCCGGCAAGGAGCCUUUUGUCAAGUCAAUCAAACGCUUCGCCAGCUUGUUGAAACCUGGGUCAGGAUGGCUGCAAUUGGUCGAACUGGACACCAGCCCGGAUUGCUCGAAGACCGAUGGAGGCUUAGCCAUUGAAGACUUCAAGCAUCUUUUGCACAAAGUCACGACAGCCGGGGGAGUACGCCCGUAUUUCGUCAAUGGGCUGUACGAGGACCUAGGGGAUGCCGGACUUGUGGACGUUCAACAGAAGCGUAUCGACAAUCGAUUCGGCAAGGCCAUUCACGAGAAUGAGGAGGUCUUUCAGCGGAGCAUUGCGUAUCCCGGUCUAGCUUACUUCGCUGAGAGAUUCAUGGGUAUAGCUGAGAAGAUGGGCGUAGGGGAAGCCAGAUUCGAUCGCUUGCCAGAGCGAUUGGAUGAUCAGCUGAGAGAGAAAGGAGGCACAUUGACUGCUGUUGUUGUAUGGGGUCGGCGACCGGCUUGA